GAAGGAAGGAAACGCCCACUGCUGCUCUUUUGUGCACAUGGGCUCUGUGUUCAGCUUUUUCCGAGUUGGCUGACUGUACUAAAUCAGGAAAUACCUUUAAAGACGACACACACAGAUUCAUUGCGAUGCGUUUUUGUGAUUGCGGUAGUUUGCGAUGCUGGGUGUUUAAUAACACACACCGAGAGAGUUGACGCGAGUCGUUUCAGAAAGAGCCGCAAUUUGAUUCCGCAAAUAUGAGUUAUUGCUAAAGGUUUGUGUAUGACAACUUUCAUAUCAGUUUAAUCAUGUCAAGAUCAAAUCGAACAGCAAAAAAUGACGAAGACUACUCUUUCGUAAGCCCAGUGGUCAAAUAUCUACUUUUCUUCUUCAACAUGAUAUUUUGGAUAAUCGCACUGGUCCUGAUAUCUGUUGGGAUUUAUUCCAGAAUAGUAAAACAUGAGACAGCGUUUGCCUGUCUGACUGUUGAUCCUGCUCUGCUACUGAUGAUAGUGGGGGUCCUGAUGUUCUUCCUUACUUUCUGUGGCUGCGUGGGAUCUCUGAGAGAAAACAUCUGCUUACUGCAGACGUUCUGCAUCUGCUUGACUGUACUCUUUCUGCUGCAGCUAGUGGCUGGUGUUCUGGGUUUUGUCUUUUCAGACAAGGCACGUGUCAAGGUUACAGAAAUGCUCAACAGCUCAAUGAAGCAUUACAGGGAUGAUCUAGAUCUACAAAAUCUCAUUGAUUAUGGACAAACAGAGUUUAACUGCUGUGGAGGAAUCUCUUACAUGGAUUGGUCUCAAAACAUCUACUUUAAUUGUUCUGAAGAGAACCCCAGUCAUGAACGCUGCUCAGUUCCCUACUCCUGCUGUCUGUUCGCUGAAAACGAGACUGUUAUAAAUACUAUGUGUGGUCAUGGGAUGCAGAAGAAGGAUUACCUUACAGCAAGUGCAUUUAUUAAUACCAAUGGCUGUAUUGAUAAAGUAGUUAAUUGGAUCCACAGCAACCUUUUUUUACUUGGAGGCAUUGCGCUGGGCCUGGCCAUCCCGCAGCUGGUGGGAAUCCUGCUCUCCCAAGUCCUUAUCAGUCAAAUCCAAGAUCAGAUUAAAUUACAGGACUACAACCUUCGACAUCACUCAGAUCCCUGGAGCUGAACUCACUCUAUAUGCAUUUUUGUAGGCAUUCAACUAAACCAAACUGUAUUUGAUUGUCAUCAGCAUGGGAACGCAUUGCUAUCUGAGUUGACUCACAUGGAUCGCAUUUUGAACAAGGAAAACAAAGCUCACAAAGUCAUGUUUUCAUGUGCAAUAUAAUCUUUUGUGAAUAUGAAUAUUUGUAUAAAUAAUGUGAGAUACAGUUAGAAUCAGCAGGUCAAUACAACUAUUUUUUGGUAUUUUAUGUACACCACAUUUUGUUGUUUGAGAAUUAAGGAUAACCUAAAGUACUCUUGUACUAUUCAGAGUUAUAUCUGAAUGCCCCCAUUUGUUUCUCAUUAAGUUUUUGUAGUAAGAUGUCAGUCACACACUGAAGUUGCAGUAAUGUAUUACACUGUUUUAAAUACAUCCUAUAAGGAGUUUGCAUGC